CGAUCGAGAAAACACUAAUCGCCAUCGGCAUAGUAGCAAUGCUUGUUGUUUCAUUCUUCUUCAUCGUUCUCAUCAUUAAGAGCUAUACCAAAGUUCGAAUUCCAUUCCCAAUCAUGAAUGUAAAUAGCAACUUGGCUGACGAACUCUCUAGCUCACAAUCUGGUCCUUUCAUUCAACCAACCAUCUCAUCAUGCCCUCCGUCAUACGACGAGAUCAGGGAUAUAGUAUCUGACCCUGAUCAGGAAAUCCCAGAGGAAAUCAUGAAAAGAUACUAUCCUACCAUGCUUAGCUUGUUACCCAUUGCCUUACCUCUAGUCUCCACUAUUCAAGUAAACAAAGUAGGAGCUUCGCAGCUUCCUCAUUCGUAUGUGAUAGUGGAAAACAAACUUCUGUUAGCCUUAUGGGAUUCUGGAGCAUCUGUAUCCUAUGUAAAAUUCUCCACCGUUGAAUACCUCGGACUACCAUACACUUCGUAUACCAGUUCGGCUUCAACAGCCAACGGUUCCGUCUCUUAUACACAUCUCCGAGCCCACG